AAGCAAGGUUGGUCCAACAGAGUUAAGAGGAAGAUUUAUGAGGCAUGGAUUCUUGCAUCAGAUUUGGAGAAAAGUAGAGUGAAUACAGAGAUGCCAGACGGCCACUGAGACCCAUGGACAGUCCCGCACUCACGCUUCUCUGUCGAACUUUAAGAUUUACUAGUAAUAUGCUACCUUUGCCAAAUGAAAAGAAACUAAUGCCAAGAAGGCAUACUCUUCAAUAUUGGGAAUAGACGUGCUCUCAAGACAAUGGCUUCAAAGGUCUCCUGUUUAUACGUUUUGACAGUCGUGUGCUGGGCCAGCGCUCUCUGGUACUUGAGUGUAACUCGCCCUACUUCUUCCUACACUGGCUCCAAGCCAUUCAGCCAUCUAACAGUUGCCAGGAAAAACUUCACCUUUGGCAACAUAAGAACUCGACCCAUAAACCCCCAUUCUUUUGAAUUUCUUAUAAAUGAGCCCAACAAAUGUGAGAAAAACAUUCCUUUCCUCGUUAUCCUCAUCAGCACCACCCAUAAAGAAUUCGAUGCCCGGCAGGCGAUCCGAGAGACCUGGGGGGAUGAGAACAACUUUAAAGGGAUCAAGAUAGCCACUCUCUUCCUCCUGGGCAAGAACGCUGAUCCCGUUCUCAAUCAGAUGGUGGAGCAAGAGAGCCAGAUCUUUCACGACAUUAUCGUGGAGGACUUCAUUGAUUCCUACCAUAACCUAACCCUCAAAACCUUAAUGGGGAUGAGGUGGGUGGCCACUUUUUGUUCCAAAGCCAAGUAUGUCAUGAAAACAGACAGCGACAUUUUUGUCAACAUGGACAACCUUAUUUAUAAACUACUAAAACCCUCCACCAAGCCAAGAAGAAGGUAUUUUACUGGCUAUGUUAUCAAUGGAGGGCCAAUCCGAGACGUCCGCAGUAAGUGGUAUAUGCCCAGGGAUUUGUACCCUGACAGUAACUACCCACCCUUCUGCUCGGGGACUGGCUAUAUCUUUUCAGCUGAUGUGGCUGAACUCAUUUACAAGACCUCACUCCACACCAGGCUGCUUCACCUGGAAGAUGUAUAUGUGGGACUGUGUCUUCGAAAACUGGGCAUCCAUCCUUUCCAGAACAGUGGCUUCAAUCACUGGAAGAUGGCCUACAGUUUGUGUAGGUAUCGCCGGGUUAUCACCGUGCAUCAGAUCUCUCCAGAAGAAAUGCACAGAAUCUGGAAUGACAUGUCAAGCAAGAAACAUCUCAGAUGUUAGGAUUUUUACCAGUGUAAAUACGUUUCUUUUCUUUUUUUAAGAAAUGAGGCCUAGGGUGUAGGUGUUUUACAGGUGUCACCAGAGGAAACGAACUGGUGAAGGGGUUUUGUAAAAAGUGUUUUUCUUCCCACUCCUAGUUCCUUUCUUGGAUUGCCAAUUUACACGUGUUAAGCUCUGCUCAUAGAAAUAAUACAUGAGUUAAAAGGGCCAGAUUUCAUUCUCAGGUCCUGAAGUAUUGCAUUUAUCUCAAAAAGCAACUUCCUAACAACUGCUAGGAUUUACGUACUGUGCAUCUGAGAUAAAAAUCUGGUUCUGGGAAACUAGAACUCACGGUAAUGUCUUCAUAUCCUCUCUGCAAAAGUAAAUAAAGUAAAUAACACUUUUUCAAAAACAAUUCAGAAAUAAUGCACAGUCAGGGAGACACACUGGAUGUGAUUAUUAAUAUUGUGUGUGCUGUUACAUUGAAUUUUUACAUAUAUUGCCAUGUAAUGUGUACAGUAUUUGCAGUUCCACCAAGAAAUGAACUUAGUACUGGCAGGGAGGCUGCAGUUAAAUAAAUGGGAAUUUAAACUUGAGAAUUAAAUAUUCUGUAUAUUUGGAAGACAACUCUGCUUGCUCGUCCAAGGAUUAAACCUGGUCAGCGGGUAGAAAGUAUA